AAUCCUAUUGGGUAAAAUCCACGCCUCUCUUCGCAGUGGGGACGGGACAAGAGAUAAAGGGCCUUUCCCAGGCGCGAGAAGAUGACGUCACAGUAGCGGAGCCGCGACCUCCGGCUGAUUUGGGCUCUGCUAGCUGAGGGUGUCGACUGAAAACAGUUCCGUCCGCGAUGCAGUCGCCAUGACCAUUUGUCAGUUCUUCCUUCAAGGCCGGUGUCGCUUCGGAAAUCGGUGCUGGAACGAACAUCCCGGCGCCGGGGGUGCGGGCGAAGGACGGCAGCAGCAGUUCUCAGGUAGUAACAGACGAGGAUGGAAUACCACCAGCCAGAGAUAUUCUAGUGUUAUCCAGCCAUCCAGUUUCUCCAAAUCCACACCAUGGGGGGGCAGCAAAGAUCAAGAAAAGCCAUCUUUUGCUCCUUUUGAUUCUGGAGCGUCAGCUAGCAGGAACAGGGGGUUUGGAUGGUCUCAGAACCCAUUUGCUUCACCUAGCUCUGAUGGGCAGAAAGAUGAAAAGAAACUUCUGGAAGGAAUUGUAAAAGAUAUGGAGGUUUGGGAAUCAUCAGGGCAGUGGAUGUUUUCUGUUUAUUCACCAGUGAAAAAGAAACCUAAUAUUUCAGGUUUUACAGAUAUUUCACCAGAGGAGUUGAGACUUGAAUACCAUAACUUCUUAACCAGCAAUAACUUACAGAGUUAUCUACAUUCCAUCCAACAGUUAAUAAAUCAGUGGAGGAACAGGGUAAAUGAACUGAAAAGUCUAAAUACAUCAACUACAAUAGCUUUGCUCUCUGAUAUAAAGGGUGGAGUAAAUCAAGCAGCACCUGCAUUUGGAUUUGGCAGUAGGCCAUCAGUAACGUUUGGGUCACCAGGUUUUCCAGUGAAUAACAACAGCAGCAUUAGUGCUCAGAAUUUUAGUUUUAAACCAAGCUCUGGAUUUGCUACUGCCCCUUCUGGAAGCCCUUCUGUGUUUGGGAGUACUCCAGCAUUUGGAGCUGUACCCUCCGCCAGUUCUGCCAUCACUGCUUCUACUCCAGCUUUUGGACUUGGGAAACCCCAGAUCACAUCUGCUGCUUCAUUUUCAUUUAAAAGCCCUGCAGCUUCUGGUUUUGGAUCAUCCGGAUUUUCAGGAUUUCCAGCUUCUACAGCAGGACCUGUUGGCGCUCCAGAGGCCUCAGCCUUUGGAAGCGGCAGUUCUUCAGCUGGUUUUGGUAGUCCAGGCUCACAGUCUCACACUGCUUUUUCCAAGUCAUCCAGUGACACCUUUGGAAACAGCAGCAUAUCCACCUCUCUCUCAUUCUCAAAUGGCAGCACCACAACAGAUAAUGUAUUAUUCACACCCAGGGAUCAACUAACAGCAGAAGAACAGGAACAAUUUCAAUCCAAGAAAUUUACUCUGGGAAAAAUUCCAUUAAAGCCACCUCCUGUGGAACUUCUAAAUAUUUAAACGAGUAAUUUUAAAUACAGAAAAGAACAGCUUUUAAAAUUGUUUUGAGUGGUUCAUAUGAAAGGGCAGAUAUAUAUAUAUACAUACAUAUAUAUUAUAUAUAUACAUAUAUAUUUAUAAGAAGUAUAAACUUUCAAUAAUAGGAGUUUUUAUAUUUAGCAUUUUCUUGAGUGUAACUAUUUAAGUAAAACAACAAAAACUCAGCAACGGAUUUUUUUUUUUUUUUUUUUUUGCUAUAAUUAUGAAUGGAACUGAAAAAACUGUCAGGGUGCAGUGAAUAAAGUACUUUUCUUAUUCUACAUCACUUUACUCUCUUACCAUUUAAAAUUUUACAUUUAAACAUUUUUUUUAAAAGGAAGGAGAUAAUUUCUAGAACCAGCAGAGAAAAAAUGCGUAAAUGUUUAGCCUACUUACCAAAUAAACAUCAGUAGCAUGACUUUAAACUUCAUGUUAAAGAAGAUUCUCUUAAAGAGAGAAAUAACAAUUUUUAAAGGGUGAAAACUUUUUAAGACCUAAGAAGCAUUUUCCCCUCAUAUUUUUUCCUCCUCAGUUUUGGCUCUCUCAUGGACCAUUUGAGUUUUCUUCAACAAUUCUGGGCUAAUUUUUAUCUUGGCCUAAUUUUUAUGUAAUUCUAUUUUUUCCUCACAUUAUCCCAUCAAGUGGAUGGAUUGUAAGAGGAGUAGAAAUUAUGAUCUCCUGUGAAUAAAUAGUAUAUAAAUAUCCUUUGUAGUUGCAUAAAACAUUUCUGGAAGAAUAUUUAAGAAACUUGCUAACAAUGAUUACCUCUGGGAAAAGAAUUGGUGUCUGAGUUAGGAGAAAUACUUUAUAUACCAUUUUGAACUGUUUGAAUAUUUUACCAUGUACAUGCAUUACUUUGUUUUUUUAAUUGAAAGAAAAUCAGGAAAAUUAAAAAAGGACUAGGAAGCUUUUUUCAACUAUAAACAGCAACAUUAUUGGCAAGUUUAAUGAUACUUAUGAUCAAGCUAGUUUUUCUAGCUGCAUUUUUGAAAAGCAUUUUUUUUUAAUAUAAAUUUAUUUUCUUAUUUAUUUAUUUGUUUUUGGCUGUGUUGGGUCUUCGUUGCGGUACACGGGCUUCUCAUUGCCGUGGCUUCUCUUGUUGCAGAGCACGGGAUCUAGGCGUGCAGGCUUCAGUAGCUGUGGCAUGGGGGCUCAGUAGUUGUGGCUUGUGGGCUCUAGAGCUCAGGCUCAGUAGUUGUGGCACAUGGGCUGAGUUGCUCCGCGGCAUGCGGGAUCCUCCUAGACCAGGGCUCGAACCUGUGUCCCUUGCAUUGGCAGGCAGAUUCUUAACCACUGUGCCACCAGGGAAGCCCGAAAAGCAUUUUUUUUAAACUAACGAAUACCUCUUUAUUCAAGAUGCAUCUUCUCUAGAAUUUUUUUUUAAGUAACAGAGAAGGGACUUAUAACUGGAAAAAAGUUUUUGAACAAAUCUAGGCUGCUUUCUUCCGCCUCCAUUUACAUUAUUAUGGUAUGCUCUUAUUCCUUUGUGGUAUAUUUCUUAAAACACUUUUUUAUAAAAUAUGUUUAUUAUAAUAAAUUUGGAAAUUUCCAACAAGGAAAUUAAAAUUUUCAGUAAUCUUCUCCCUGCUUCCCCCAAAUAGUUUAUGUAGAGCGGUGAGGAUUCACCAGCUGUUUCUAGAGUUUCUAUUAGAAUUCUCAGACAUGUUUGGAUCUCCCUGUGUCCUCAGAUUGAGGGAGUAAUAUCUUGUAUAUCUUACAUAUGGUUGAUCCAAAUACCCAGAGACCUGUCAUGAGUUGAAGCAUAUGUGUCAGAGUUCUGUGUUCCUUUCUCAAGCCUCAAAAAUUACACAGCUAGCACUGUGAGAACAGUUUCCUGACACAGAUCUGGCAUUGAAGUCAUUUUUUUAAGUGAAAGUAAAAACUAUUAAAAGAUAUGCACUCCACGUGAUUUUAGCAUAUAUGCAAAGGGUUUAAUCCUCAUGGGAUCCAGUUUCUCUGUUACACUUUUUGAAGAACUGUAUGACUCAAACUAACAGUUGUGGAACCGCAGCAUUUAGAAUAAAAUCUACUCAAGGGGGUGUAUGUUUGAAACCAUCCUUGGUAUAGAAGUGAUAAAUAGACCCUAAGUUCCUGCUUUGGUCGUAAGCUCUAAAGACUUUCCAAUGUUUUUUUCAACACAGUUGACUCCUAGAGUUGUCCUACCCUGAUGGAAUGAACCCUGUGCUACCAUUAGGUUGGUUACAGGCUUACCAGGCUCCCUUGGGUCCCAAUUGAACUUCCCAAUGUCCUGGAAGCUCUGAGGAUGCAGAUUAAGGGCCCAGUGUUUCUAAAUCUGCCUGACUGUAAGGAUCACCUGGGGUACUGAUUAAAUAAUAUAUCCAUUGGGCUAGGCUUGGGAAUGUGUUUUUUUUUUACCAAGUGACCCAUGAGAUCCUUCAGGCAAGUUUGGGAAACUAGCCUAUCCAACUACAUUUAGGCUACUUAGUAAUAUGCAAUUUGGGAGUUGUAAUUGUUGGAAGUCUAUUUUCUGUGCUCUCUCUCACACACACACACACACACACACACACAAAUGAGAUCCAAAGUUGUCAGAUAGUGCACUUGUCAAAAAGUACAAAUAGGUGCUAUGAGUUCCUUAAAAGUGUGAGAAACUGAAGCAAAGAAGUCCACAAAGUAGAAGUCAGCAGUAUGCAUGCAUACUGGUAUCAGGAGUCCAAGGAGGCCAGGAACUCCUAGACAGGCCCUAAGGGGCAGCAGGGCUUCAGAAAAUCAGAAACAGGUAACACUGAGGUGGUGGCCAGGCAUAAAGGUAGAUUGAGUUUCAAGACCCUAAGAGAGUGGAAGGGAAAAGGCAACCACAAGGCACGAGAGCAAGUGCCACCAUCUGGAUUUUUUUUUUUUUUCCACCGUCUGGAUUUAUUCAAUGAGGCAAGAACCGAUUCUAGCAGAGCUGGUCGAACUGAAAGUAGACCCAAAAUAAGCAUAAACAGCCUCCCUUCACAGCUUCUACAACAGCUGUCCCUUUUACCUCGGACUCAGAGCAAGGGACAGAAUCGUAUAUAAGGUUUUAUUACAAGUAAACUGAUUUAACUAGGUUGAUUAUCUGAUCACAGAUUAGAAGGGGAGAAGUGUAACAGCUGAGAGCUGACUAGAAGGAGAGAGAGAAGCUGAUAUUAAAACUAUUUAAAAGGCAUAACAUGAUUUAGCUACAUAGUAUUGUUCAUAAGAGUAAAAUAAUUCAAUCCAGUGUCCAACAACAGGAAAUUGGUUAAUGUGGUAGGUUCACAUAUUGGAAUACUAAACAGCCUUUCUAAAUAACCUAGAGGAAUAGGGAAUAAACUUGGAAAGUUUUCACUCUGUAGUCAAUGGGCAAAACCUGUUAUAAAACAACAUGUACAAUAUGGUCCAGUUUUGGGGGAAAGUGUAUAUUCAUGGGAAGAAAAAACCUAAAAUUAAUAAUAGCUCAGAUUUGUUUGGUUUUUUUAUUGUGGUUAAAAAAAAAACAUUAAAUUUACCAUCUUAAACAUUUUUAAGUUCAGCGGCAUUAAGCUACGUUCACAUUGUUGUACAACAGAUCUCUGGAACUAUUUCAUCUUGCCAACCUGAAACUGUUUACCCACUAAACAUUCAUUCUCCCUCCCUCCUUUCUCCAGGACUUGGCAAUCACAUUUCUACUUUCUGUUUCUAUGAUUUGACUACUUUAGAUACCUCAUAUGAGUAGACUCAUACAGUAAUUGUCCUUUUAUGCUGGCUUAUUUCACUUAGCAUAACGUCCUUGAGGCUCAUCCUUGUAGACUGUGAUCGAAUCUUCUUCUUUUUUUAAGUUUGCAGAAUAUUCCAUUGUAUGUAUUGUAUGAACCACAUUUCGAUUAUCCAUUCAGCUGUUAAUGGAAUUUGGGUUGCUUCUACCUCUUGGCUACUGUAAAUAAUGUUUUAAUGAACAUCUCUUAAAGAUCCUGCUUUGAAUUCUUUUGGAUAUAUACCCAGAAGUGGGUUUGCUGGAUCAUAUGGCAGCUCUGUGUUUAGUUUUUUGAGAAACCUUUACACUGCCCUUCAUAGGAGUUACACCAUUUUACAUUCCCAGCAGCAGCGUUUCAGUUUCUCCACAUCCACCCCAACACUUAGUUUCUUGUUUUGACAGUGGCCUUCCUAAUAGGUGUGAGGUGAUAUCUCGUGAUUUUGAUUUGCAUUUCUCUUAUGAUUAGUGCUGUUGAGUAUCUUUUCAUAUGCUUGUUGGCCAUUUGUAUAUCUUCUUUGGAGCACUAUCUAUCUAUUGAACUCCUUUGCCCAUUUUUAAUAGGGUUAUUUGUUUUCUUGUUGAGUUUUAGAAAUUCCCUAUGUAUUCUGAAUGUUAACCCUUUAUCAUAUAUAUGAUUUGCAAAUAUUUUCACCCAUUCCACAGAUUGCCUUUUCACUCUGUGGAUUGUUUCCUUUGACACACAUAAGUUUUGAAGUUUGAUAUAGUCCCAUUUGUCUAUUUUUGCUUCUAUUGUCUGUGUUUUUGGUAUCACAUUCAAGAAAUCGUUGCCAAAUCCAAUGUCCUGAAGCUUUUCUCCUAUGUUUUCCACUAGUGGUUUUAUACAUUUAGGUCUUUAACCUAUUUUAAUUUUGGUCCAUGGUAUAAGGUAAGUGUCCAACUUCAUUCUUUUGCAUGUAAAUAUACAGAUUUCCUAGUACCAUUUGUUGAAAAGACUAUCUUUCCCUAUUUUGUAGUUUUGACAUCUUUGCCAAAAGUUAUUUGGCUAUAUAGGCAAGGGUUUAUUUAUAGGCUCUAGUCUCUGUUUCAUGGGUCUGUAUAUCUGCCUUUAUGCCAGUACCAGACUGUCUCAGUUGGUGUUGCACUGUAGCUGGUUUUGGAAUAAGGAAAUGUGAGGCCUCCAACUUUGAUCUUUUUCAAGAUUAUUUUGGCUAUUCAGGGUACCUUGAAAUUUCGUAUGAGUUUUAGGAUUUUUUUUCUACUUCUGCAAAAAAAUGACAUUGGGUUUUUUAUAUGAAUUGCAUUGAAUCUUAACAUCGCUUUAUGUAAUAUGCACAUUUUACCAAUAUUAAGUCUCCCAAACCAUAAGCACAGGAUGUCUCCAUUUAUUUGUGUCUUCUUUGAUUUCUUUUAGCAAUGUUUUAUAGUUUUCAGUGUACAAGUCUUUCACCUCCUUGGUUAAGCUUAUCCCUAUGUAUUUUAUCCAUUUUGAUGUCAUAGUAAAUGUGAUUGUUUUCUUAAUUUUCUUUUCACAUUAGCCAUUAUUAGUGUAUAGAAAUACACCUGAUUUUUGUAUGUUGAUUUUGUGUCCUGCUACUUUGCUGAAAUUACUUAUUAAUUGUAACAGGGUUCUUUUGUGUGUGUGCAUGAAGUCUUUAGGGUUUUCUACAUAUACGAUCAUGGAAUCUGUGAACAGAGAUCAUUUUACUUCUUCCUUUCGGAAUUGGGUGCCUUUUAUUUCUUUUUCUUUUCUAAUUGCUCUGGCUAGGACACUUGGUACUAAGUUGAAUACAAGUGGAGAGAGGGGGCAUCUUUACCUUGUUUCUUUUUUUUUUUAAUGGACACUUUUAAUCCUAAUUGCUUUUCUUAAAAUUCAUUUACUUAAUUUUAAUUUUUGGCUGCGUUGUGUCUUCAUUCCUGCGCAUGGGCUUUCUCUAGUUGCAGUGAGCGGGGGCUACUCUUCAUUGCAGUGCGCAGGCUUCUCAUUGUAGUGGCUUCUCUUGUUGCGGAGCACAGGCUCUAGGCAUGCAGGCUUCAGUAGUUGUGGCACGUCAGCUCAGUAGUUGUGGCUCGCAGGCUGUAGAGCACAGGCUCAGUAAUUGUGGCGCACGGGCUUAGUCGCUCCACUUCGCCUUGUUUCUGACCUUAAAGGAAAAACUCAGUCUUUCGUGGUUGAAUAUGAUGUUAGUUGUGGCCUUUUCAUAUAUGGCUUUUAUCAUGUUGAGGUAGUUUCCUUCUUUUCCCAGUUUGUUGAGUGUUUUUUUUUUGUUUUUUUUUUUUGCGGUACGCGGGCCUCUCACUGUUGUGGCCUCUCCCGUUGCGGAGCACAGACUCUGGACGCACAGGCUCAGCGGCCAUGGCUCACGGGCACAGCCGCUCCGCGGCAUGUGGGAUCUUCCUGGACCGGGGCAUGAACGCGCGUCCCCUGCAUCAGCAGGCGGACUCCCAACCACUGCGCCAUCAGGGAAGCCCACUAUCUACUCUUUCAAUUCUAAUUUUAGUUAUUUGAAUCUUCUAGCUCUUUUUCUUAGCUAAUCUAGAUAAGGGUUUGUCGAUUUUGAUGAUCUUUUUAAAAGACCAUGUCUUAGCCUGCUUGGGCUGCCAAAAUAAAACAUCAUAGAAUGGAUAGCUUAAAAAACAGAUCUUUAUUUCUCACAGUGUUGGAGCCUGAAAGUCCAUGUCAGGGUGCCAGCAUAGUCAGGUUCCGGUGAGAACCCUUUUCCUAGCUUGCAGAUAGCUGCCUUCUUCGUGGGUACUAAGGUGGCCUUUUGUCAUGCAUGUGCAUGAAGAAAUAGAUUUCUCUCUCCCUCUUCUUACGAGGGCACUAGUCCCAUCAUGAGGCUCCCACCCUCAUGACCUAAUUUAAACCUAAUUAUCUCUCAAAGGCCCCACCUCCAAAUACCAUCACUUUGGUGAUCAGGGCUUCAACAUAUGAAUUUAGGUGAGGGGACACAAACAUUCAGUUGGUUUUAUUGGUUUUAUUGAUAAUACCAACUCUUGGAUUUAUUGAUUUUUUCUAUUGUUUUUCUAUUCUUUAUUUCAUUUACCUCUCCUUUAAUCUUUAUUGUUUCUUUCCUUCUGCUAAAUUUAUGUUUAGUUUGUUCUUUUCCUAUUUCUUCAAGGUAUAAAAUUAGAUUAUUGAUUUGAGAUCUUUCUUCUUUUUAAUGCAAGUGUUUAUCUCUAUAAAGUUCCCUGUUAUCACUGCUUUUGCUGCAUCCCGUAAGUUUUGGUAUGUUGUAUUUUUCAUUUGUCUCUAAGUGUUUUCUAAAUUCACUUGUGAUUUAUUCUUUGAUCCAUUUGUUGUUUAAGAGUAUGUUGUUUAAUUUCCACAUACUUGUGUUUUUUCCUUCUGCUGUGGAUUUCUAAUUUCAUUCCAUUGUGGCCAGAGAUACUUUGUAUGAUUUCAGUCUUCUUAAAUUUGCUAAGACUUGUUUUGUGACCUAACAUAUGGACUACUUUGGAGAAUGUCCAUGUGCACUUGAGAAGAAUGUGUAUUCUGCUAUUGUUGGGUGAAGUGUUCUGUAUAUGUUUCGUUCAAUUAUUCUAUAGUGUUAAGUCCUCUGUUUUCUUAUUGAUCUUCUGUUUGGCUGUUCUAUCCAUAACUGAAAGUGGAAUAUUGAAGUAUCCUACUAUUAUUGUGUUGCUGUCUUUUUCUCCCUUCAGUUCUGUCAAUGUUUGCUUCAUAUAUUAGGGAGUUCUAAUGUUAGGUGCAUGUAUAUUAUAACUGUUAUAUCUUCCUGGUGAAUUGACCCUGUUAUCAUCAUGCAAUGUCCUUCUUUGUCUCAUAUGAUAGUUUUGGUAUUAAAGUCUAUUUUAUCUAAGUAUGGCCACCUCUGCUCUCUUUAGGUUCCUGUUUGCAUGGAAUAUUUUUUCCAUCCUUUCGCUUUUAGCCUAUGUGUGUCUUUAGACCUAUAGCAUGUCUCUGUAGACAGCAUAUUAGUUGGUUCUUGUUUUUUAUCCAUUCAACCAAUGUGUCUUUUAAUUGGUACAUUUAAUCGAUUUACAUAUAAAUUAAUUAUAGGCAGGAAAGGACUUAUAUUGCCAUUUUGUUUUCUGUAUCUUAUAAACUUUUUGUCCCUCUCUCCAUCCUGCUGCCUUAUUUUGCGUUUUGCUGAUUUUUUUGGUAGUGACAUAUUUUGAUUCCCUUCUCAUUUCCCUUUGUGUAUAUUCUAUAAUUUCUCUGUGUUUAUCACUGUAAUUACAUAAAAUAUUUUAAAGUUAUAAUAAUAUGUUUUAAACUGAAAACAACUUUAAUCACAUAUAAAAACUCUGCUCCUUUACAGUUCUGCCUCACCCACUUUAUGUUAUUGAGACAUAAAUUAUCUCUUGUAACAUUGCAUAUUUAUUAACAAAUUUAUAAUUACUUUUUAUGCUUGCUUUUGUUUUCUUAAAUCUGUACCAGAUUUAAAAGUGAUUUAUGCACUUACCUUACAAUACUACAUAAUUCUAAAUUUAUCUAUAUGUUUACCUUUACCAAGGAGUUUUAUAUUUUUGUACGGUUUUUGUUGCUCUUUAUCAUCAUUCUGCUUUAACUUGAAGGACUCCCUUCAGUAUUUCCUUUUUUUCUUCCUAGCCAGUUUGUUUUCUGUUGACACCACAAUGCUCAGGUCUCGACCGUGUACUUCGGUGGUGGUCACAACCAUUACUUCCAUUGCUGCUGCUUGGUCUUCAGGUUCUCCUCACGCUUGUUGAGCUGGCAGUGCAUAGUACAUAUUUUCCUGGGCUGCAGUUCCAGGGGUUUGUACUUCUUGCCCUUGUAGAAUUUCCUGAGGUUCUCUUUCUGAGUCUGGUUAAUGGCAGUGAGAACACAGACAAUAGAUUUUCAAACAACUCGAAUCUUAUAGAGUUUGGAAGCUGCACUGCCUGUCACUUUGGAGACAUGCAGCUGGGACAGCUCCACUUUCACAUCAUCCGUUUCAGCAGCUCCUCCUUCUUCUAGCCUGAAAGUCUCAAGACUUAAUGUUGGCCAUGGCUGCACAAGGAUGCUUUAAAGUAUGAAACAGAUGAAUGAAGGCAUCUUCUUUACCCAAAACAUUAGUUUAUGUUAAAAAUUAUUGCAGGGCUUCCCUGGUGGCGCAGUGGUUGAGAGUCUGCCUGCCGAUGCAGGGGACGCGGGUUCGUGCCCCGGUCCGGGAAGAUCCCACAUGCCGCGGGGCGGCUGGGCCCAUGAGCCAUGGCCUCUGAGCCUGUGCGUCCAGAGCCUGUGCUGCGCAACAGGAGAGGCCACAAUAGUGAGAGGCCCGCGUACCGCAAAAAAAAAAAAAAAUUAUUGCAGAAGAAGAAACUCAAUGGGGUCUGACUUCAAUAAUACUCAUCAAAGGUAAAUUAAUAUAACAAAAUACCACUUCAUGCCCAUCAAAUGGGCAAAAAUCAAAGUCUUACAAUAACAGUAUUAAUGAAGAUGUAACAUUGUGGAGACUCUGGUGAGCUGCUGAUAGGAGUGUGGAUUGGUGCAAGCACUCCAGAGAGCCAUUUGGCAAGAUCUAGUAACUUUGAAGAUGAUCAUCCUCUACAACCUAGAAGUUUUACUCCUCUGCAAGGCCCUUGCUCCUCAAAGCGUGGUCCUAGGACCAGCAACAUCAACACCAUCUGGAAACUAUGCAGAAUCUCAGGCCCCAUCCCAAACCUACCAAAUCAGAGUCUGCAUUUUAACAAGACUCACCAGAUGAUUAUAUGCACAUGAAUAUAUGAGAAACUACUGCAUGUGGGAAAAGGAGACAUGUAUAAAACUUUAAAUAGAAUUGCUUGUAGUAGCAAAACAUUGGAAAAAACCAGAAGUCCAUGCCCGUGAUAACAGAUACACUUUGGUAUAAUAGGAUACAUCUGUACAACAACUUGAGUUACAUGUAUAAACAGCCAAGAAAGCACAGGUGCAGAAUGAUUUGUAUAACAUACCACUGAAAGUGCAAAGCACAAAACAAUAUUAUAUAUUGCUUAUGAAUUUAUAAACAUAGUAAAGGAAUAACAGCAUGAGAAUAAUAAGCACCAAAUUCAGAAUAGAGCUUGUUCAGGGUGAGGAAAAAAAAGAAUGAGAUUUAGGAGGCAUAUACAGGGGGCUUUAUAUCUGUGACUUUUAAAAAAUUUAAACUUAAUAUGACAAUAGUAAAAUUUUAUAGAAUGGGUGAUGAGUACAUAAUUAUUCAUUAUAUUUUUUCUGUACUUUUCCAUGUACUUGAAAUAAGUUUACAAAUUUUUAAAGGUUUAAUUUAGAAAAACAAAAAAAGGAAUGCCUUCUUUCCCACCCUCAAUUUUGUAUUAUCGAGUAGCUUUUAGAUUUCUGAAGUGAUCACUAUGAAUCAACUAGUUUGUCAAAUUGUUUCCAAGUCUUGAAUUAAAUAUUCCACUCUGAAGAUUCCAUUCAUUCAAGUACUGAAGUACAAGGAGUAAAACUACUCUAAAGAACAACUGACUGUGGAUGUAGACCAUGUUAUUUUUGCUGCUAAUGAAAUGUUAAAGGUACACAUUCAAAUAUUUGUGGAGCAAAAUGGAAACUACAUUUGAUUCACUUAUUUGGGUAAGAAUAUGUGUUUGUCUCUCUACUUACACCAGACAAGGAAGAUAAUCUAGAAUCAAUAUGAUAACCUUGAGGCUCUUUUCUCAACCAUAUGUUAUCAACCAACUGGAAGUCUAGUCUUAUUUCCUUGGUCAUUUAUAAUGUAAACAGCAUUUAGUCCUGUCAGCAUUGAAGUGGAGAAAUAGAGGAAUUCUCUGCCACUGAUAUUUUUUUAUCACAAUGGUUGUCAAGCUUUUCCAUUUGGAAACCUUCUAUUGACUCUAUAUGAUUCACAUCUCCCCUAUACCAAGAAAAAAAAUUCAAAAGAGGACAUGACUUUACUGGAAUUAUCUAUUAAUUUAGAAGCUAUUCAACUGAGGGACAUUUACAUAAUUCAGUAGAGAAAACAUACAGUUCUGUGUAAGAAAAAGUUUGCCUGAUUUAUAGGAAUUGUUGAUCAUCAAUAUUAAGGACCCACCAAAUGCAAAUGUUACACUAAGGAUUCAGUCCUAAGACCUAUUGAGGUUUGGAAACAGGCUCUGAAGGAUUAUGGGAAGUUCUAAACAAAGUGUCAAGUCUAUCAAGGAGCUCAUCAUCAAAGAUGAAGAUGAAGGAGAAUAGAAUCAAAUUCAAACGGUAACAUAUAUACAAAAGCACUGCAGUGAGUAUAUCAAAAUUCUACAGAGUAAGGUUAAUGGAGUCACGAGGAGCCAUGAGCCUGUGGUAACUUCCCAGAGGAAAUGAAUUUUAAUAGUUUUGAGAGGGAAGUGAAAUCAUAAUGGGAAGGAGAAAUAGCUCAAAGGGCCAGAAGUGAGCUUCUAAAGCGAGAUAAGCGGAGCCUGGGAAGACUAUAUUCACUUUAUGAUAUAGAGUUUGAAAAGAUUAUCUCUUUAGAUGAUCUAAAUGUGAGCUUGGGCAGGUUAACUUUUCUAAUCCUCUUAUCUGUAGAAUAGGUAAUAUUCACCACCCAGAGAUUGUGUGAUCAGUAAUGAGUGUAACAUCCGUAGGAGAGAAAUUAUGUUCAAUAAUUCCAUUAUUCACUAAAAUUAUGCUUGUUCACUAUAGAGAAUUCAGACCACAUAGAAAUACAUAAAGUGAAAAUUAUACUCCACGUUCCCAAUAACAUUGUCUUUAACAUUUUUGUGUGCAUUUCUUCCAUUUUUAUUCUUUAUACACAUUCUGAUAGGUAUUAUCAUUAUCGAUGCUAUCAUACUAUUUUGCAUCUUGUCACUGAACAGAACGUCUUGAAGAACCUUCCAUGUCAGUACAUAUAGAUUUACCUCACUGUUUUUUGUUUUUUUAGAUAAGUAGAUCUAUUAAUAUAGGAUGCUUAUGAAGGAUAGAAGCAGGCAAGCAAGAGAGCUCUGCCCCGAGAACUAAGUGGGCUACAUUUUUAUAAUCAAAGGAAAAGUGGAGAGGGAGAAAAGACCACCUUCUUCCUCUUCCUUUGUAAAGUUAUUGCAGGAAACUUGGGCACAAGAGGUUGGUCAUGUCCCAGGUGAGUCCCUGGGUUGGGCCACCAAUUCUUUCCUUCGCACAGGAAAGAAUUCAAGAGUGAGCCAUAAUAAACUGAAAGCACAGAUACACAUUCCAUGGGCAGAAUGUGGUCUGUCCCAAAAGGCGAGAGUGGCCCCAGCAGAAACAUGCUCCACAUACAGGGGGCGGGCCAUCUCAAAAGGCGAGAGCGGCUGACCUCACUGUUUUCAGAGUCCAUAUAGUAUUCCACUGUGUGUCCAUUGCUUAAUUUACUUAACCAGGCCCCUAUUUAUGGGCCCACAGUCCUUCACUAGGACAUUCUAGAACAUAUAUCUUUGCAUUGUGGUAGUGUUUUGUAAGAAGCAAAAGUGCUGAGUUGAAAAUUUUUCAUUUUAAUAGAGUUUGUUAAAUUGUUCUUUGAAAAGUCUUAUUGAUUUAUCCCUCUCCGCUUUCCUCCCCACCAUGUAGGUGCUGAAAACAGAAGACAUAACCUAUUCGCAUUUCAAAGGAUAAUGGAUGAUGAAUUUUUUGUCAUUGAAAAUAUACAGCAAUAAUAGCCAUGAAGACUGGGAGAUUGACCAGCAGCGUUGCCGUAAGUCCCUUCCAGUGAGCCCCUGGACCAGUCCUGUGUGGACAUUGCCUCAGGUCUUAUGUGCUUUUUUUCAUCAAAACCAGAGAUCCGUAUAUAUAUAUAAUACAUCCAUAUGCAUACAUAAUCAGAUACAUUGUUGCUAUUAUUAUUUUGAGCAGACUGAUAUUUGUUAGAUCAAUUAACAGUAAGAAAAAUAAAACUUUUCUUUUACCUUCAAAAAACAAAAAGAACAAUCCAGAGACCCAGAGAGACAGGAUUCCCAACUGCUCUGAAGAUGCCAUCUGCCCUGCAGACCAGUUUUUGUGCUUGACCAAACAGCAGAAUCUCAUCAAAACAGAAAGGAAAAAAAAAUUUCUUGGCAGAAAGUACCACCUCAGGCAGCUCACUGGUGGGGGCAGAAUUGGACAGGGAUGGCUUUAAGAAACAACCCUAGCCUUCUAACUGGCCAAGCAGCUUCUAACAAGCUGCUAAAGGAAGAGGAAAAUGAAACUCUAAGGGAGAGAGAACUAUCCCCAAGUGACUGAGGCACCUCCUGACCUCACAUGCUUCCUUAUCUAGCUUAGAGCCCAUGGCCCAUCAGUCAAUCACUCUUAAAGAUACGUAACUGCAACUCUUCUGCACCCCCUUCCUCCAGGUACUUGCCUGGCCAACCUGAAACCCAGGGAGGCUGUCUCCUGUGACCAACACACCUGCAGGGCAGAGUGGUGCUACAGACAGCUGCGCUGUGAGUCACGAUCUACGAUCUCGGUGACACUGCCCAGAAAUCCACACAGUUCCUCCAGGGGGCUCGGGCAGUACCGAAAGGUUAAUACCUGAUUGCAGUUAAUACUCGAUUACACUGUUCCCAACUAAGCCGUUCUCCACUGUCGCCUAAUCUAUCUUCUCUCUGAAAGAAUGACCCCUCCUCAUACUUCACAGAGAAUUCGAAGCCAUCCAAGAAGACAUUGGUCAUUCUCUUCUGCACUCCAAGUCCAGCCCUUCACACAUGCUAUCUGACACCACCAGUUAUCCACUCCCCCUUCACCGAGUCUCCCAUAAAUGUCACACAUGCUGUAGCAUCUCCUCCCUGCUUGGGGGGUGGAGAAACAAAUGCAAAAUGCUCUCCAUCUCAUCUUCUUGCCACCACUCCAGCUCUCUACUCCCUGUAACAGCCGUGUGUCUUUAAAUGUUAGCUUCAUUUGGUGGCUCCCCUCCUCUGCCCAGUCUCCUCUCACUCUUCAACCCAUUUGUCUCCCACCCGCCAUUAGCCUGAAACUGUCCUUGGUAAGGUCUCACUACCAGUUAGGCUUCUUUUCAGGCUCCCUUUUCAUCUGACAACAUUCCUGCCACAGCUCCAGACACUACAUCUUCUCUGAAAGUCAGUGAAGAAAAAAAGAUUCCAAGCAAAAUUCCCACAGCCUCUCUGGCUCUGCUCAGGGCUAUGUGCCCAUCCUGGAUCAGUCAUGGAAUACACAGAGGCUCUUCUGAUGUCCUGACCAAACUCUGAUACAAAGGUCUCCUUUUUAAUGGCUGCAUAGUAUUCCAUUGCAUGAAUGUAUCAUUAUUUAUUUAACCUCUCCUUUGCUAAUGGACAUUUGGGUUUUUCUAGCAAUUUACUAACAUAAAUAAUGCCAGGAUGCACUUUCUUAGACCUUGCCCACCUACAUACACACUCAUACUCACACAGUUCUUUCUUCACCAAACUCAUAGAGCUCAUGACUGCUGAAUUGUGCUUUUUGUGUUUUUGAGGAUCUUUCCAUCACACCACCAACAUGUCACAUUGUAUGUUCCUGUGACCACUAUGUGGAAGAGAAGGGGGGAGGGGACACUGGAGGCUGCAAUGUCUAGACUUUGUCUUCACUGUCUUCAGUUCACUAAAUGUAGUCCAGCUGUCAAGAAAGGAGCUCUAUGAAGUUUAACCUAAAAUUAGAAGAAAAAAAAGCUUCAAAUUUCUAUGGAAGUCUCAUUUGCCUUCUAAUUUCUCUGGGUGACCUGGGGGUGCAGGGGGAGGCAACUUUCUCCUAAUCUGUUCUGCCCUGUAGCCUCUGUUUCCACCAUAACAGUUCGCAGGAACUGUUAAAAACCUUUAAAUUUCCCAUUUGCCUUCUUUUGCCAUUGUCUAAGAGCUGCUAUGACCCAAGCUGCAGAGAGAGCCUCUACCACAUCCCUCCAACCUCCAUCCUCAAGGAGAUGACAGCACCCCCAGACCAAUGCCUGAUGUCUUAGCCCUUGUCUUGAUCCCCUGCUUUGUGGUACUGGCCUUGCCUGUCCCACAAUGCCCUUAUCCUGCCAACCCAUCACUCUGAAGCUAUAAAUCAGCACUUCUGGUUAACUAAAUGCAGCAUCUCUCAGAAUGUCAUGUGUUCUUUCUGCUUCUGAUGCCUGAUUUUUUAAAAAAUAAUGUCUUUACAAACCUCUCUGGGCUAGCUUCAGUUUAGAAGUCCUAGAACUCAGCUCUAACACUAUCCAGAUCUGUCUGCAGUUAAUACUUGAUUACACUUCAUGUCCUUUUUUUUUUUUUUUUCUUUUGUGAUACGCGGGCCUCUCACUGUUGUAGCAUCUCCCGUUGCGGAGCACAGGCUCCGGACGUGCAGGGUCAGUGGCCAUGGCUCACGGGCCCAGCCGCUUCGUGGCAUGUGGGAUCGUCCCAGACCGGGGCAUGAACCCGUGUCCCCUGCAUUGGCAGGCAGACCCUCAACCACUGCGCUACCAGGAAAGCCCCUUCCUGUCCUUUUAUUGUUGAUAAAUAAGCUUUCUCUUCCUUGACUUGCGGAAAAUUGUUUUUGCAUUUUUUUCUCUUGUGCCUGUACAUGCUCAGUGCCGUGACCAAACACCACCAACCCCAUUCUCCCGUGUUACAACAAAAGUCUUCUUUGUCCUCCUUCUCCCCCAAUGCCCAGCAGAGAGUGAAAACACAGACUGAAAAUAUUCUCUCUCCUAGCCCUUUCUGAUGGGAUCCCUGCCCCUCUCCCUCAGCACUUGCAACUCCACACGGGUUCCCAGGGAAAAUCCCAGCCCCCUUUGGAAUACAGUCUUCCCUCGGGUCACAUUUGCUGAUAUUUUGUAAACGAAACUUUCUUUUACUGGCACUUAGUAAACUGAAUGAAUAAGUAUCAGUACUACUCAUAGGGACUUCGCUCGUGGUCCAGUGGCUAAGACUCCGUGCUCGCAAUGCAGGGGGCCCGGGUUCAAUCCCCGGUCAGGGAACUAGAUCCCAUAUGGCACAACUAAGAGUUCACAUGCCACAACUAAAGACCUGGCACAACCAAAUAAAUAAUUUUUUUUAAGUACUACUCAUAAAAUAUAGAGAGAACUUACAACUGCCAGCAUUGUUUCUAAAGGGUGUUACAAACGCUGCACUAUUGACAUUAGUUAACACAUUUGUUUUAAAGACUCAGUUUUAUCAGAAGCUUCAAAACAGAAUCAGGAAUGGUGUACAAGUUAUAGUCCCUGCCUUGUGAUUAUUUUGGUUUUCCAAAGCCUAAUUUUUUUCUAGAUCUGCAUACAUGAGUGAUUCUUUAUCCUGUGAAAGUAAUACUUUAUCACUACAUAGCUCCCUAAUUCCCAUUUACUCAUAAGAUUUAGAAGAGAGGAGCUCAAAAGGAAAGUUAUUCAACUUGAAACAAAAUUUCUAGUAAGAAAAUAACUAAGCGGGCUUCCCUGGUGGUGCAGUGGUUAAGAAUCCGCCUGCCAAUGCAGGGGACAUGGGUUCGAGCCCUGGAUCGGGAAGAUACCACGUGCUGCGGAGCAACUAAGCCCGUACACCACAACUCCUGAGCCUGCGCUCUAGAGCCCACGAGCCACAACUACUGAGCCCUCGUACCACAACUACUGAUGCCUGCAUGCCUAGAUCCCAUGCUCUGCAACGAGAGAAGCCAGCACAAUGAGAAGGCUGCGUACCGCAACGAAGAGUAUCCCUGCUCAUUGCAACUAGAGAAAACCCAUGUGCAGCAACGAAGACCCAACGCAGCCGAAACUAAAUUAAAAAAAAAAAAAAAGAAAAUAAGAAAAUAACUAAGGCUUGAAGCAGAAGAAACCCCAGCUGGCCUAUUUCCAUUACCUAAUUAAGAAGGUAAAUAAAGGGACUGCCGUGGCUGUCCAGUGGUUAAGACUCCACACUUCUAAUGUAGGGGGCACAGGUUUGAUCCCUGGUCGCGGAACUAAGUCCUACAUGCUAUGCAGCGUGGCCAAACAAAAAAGAAGGUGAAUCAAUAUACGAAUGUUUGCUGACUUGAUUAAUUUUGGGGGUGGUGAAUUACAUUUAUGGUAUUCAAUGUCUCAGUCUAUAAUAAUGCACAUAUGUACAUAUGACCCUUUUUUUUAAUUUCCUUCCUUUUUAAAAAUUUAUUUAUUUAUUUUGGCUGUGUCGGGUCUUACUUGUGGCACGCGGGCUCUUUGUUGCGGAGCGUGGGCUUCUCUCUAGUUGUGGCGUGGGCUCCAGAGCACGUGGGCUCUGUAGUUGAGGAACACGGGCUUAGUUGCCCCGAGGCAUGUGGGAUCUUGUUCCCAUACCAGGGAUCAAACCCACGUCCUCUGCAUUGGAAAGGGGAUUCCUAACCACGGGACCACCAGGGAAGUCCCACAUGUGACUCUUUUAAAGAACAGAUUCUCUGAUCCCCCAAGUCCCACUGGAGCCAACACUUUUCUGCAGUCCUAUGAGAUCCAGGAUUGUUUUCCUCUGGUUUGUCCCAGAGUGUGGCACGUCUACCUCUGGAGGUACCUGAGAUGACUUUUGGAGGUAUGUGAACACAUUUUUAAAUUUCAACCGGUUUCCAAUAUUUAUUUUACAAUAGAUUACUUUUCUAUAGCUACAGUAGAUUAUUUUUCUACAGAUAGAAAAAAACAUAGCUAGCGUAUCAAACUCCUGAAUUCAUGAGUACUAUUGCUUAGGGUGAGAUUAAAGUAUCACUAGUAGAUCCAAAGAUAAAUAUUAAGUAAAAACUACAAUAAAAAGUACACAGAUAUGACAAAAAUCAGGAAGGUGGUACAAGGGUGACUGAGGUUGAGAAGACCCUGCUCUCUCUCUCAUGCUGCCUGAAACAUUAUGGUGCUUCAUCAGAGUUCAAUAAUGUGAUACCUGACCCUCAUCCAUCCUUUUUCCUGCUAUAUUUCAAAUAGUCUGCCACAGGCAAGGUGAGUUAACUUAGUGGCUGGCUUUCUGUGCUCCCUGUUUCCUGCGUAGCUGGUGCAGCAAAGCAGAACCCACCUGCUGAACUAAUUGUGCUGAAUUUGGGCAUCAGAGAAGAUGCCGGUCAUUUAUCUGCUCAGUGGCUAGUGAGUUCUUUGGCAUUUGUUUUACUUUUGAGAAAGACGAAGAGGGAGGUAAUGAUCUUCUCUCCAGGAGCCCUGGGCAGCUGACUCAGAGUCACAGGACUUGCUGGCCUGGAGGCAUUUCAACACCAGGCUCGGGCCCUUGCAGAGCAAAUCCCAUGACUCCAAGGGACUGCCCCCACUCACUGUUGUGCCAGAAUGCCCCUGUGAAUGAUACUGCUCAAGUGAGUAGGUCCUGGAAAAAUCUUCUUAGGUUAUAAGAAUUUUAUGGGAAGAAGGUGCUUGAUCUUGUAGGACUUAAUUUAUUUUAACAAUUGUUAUUUAUUUAUUCAGGUAUAACUUUAUUCUAGAAAGGAUAUGAGAUGACUUACAAAAAUAUUCACAGUAAGAUAAAACUUUAAACAAGUAGAUGAGGAAACUAGGGCAAAAGGAAAGUGAGAGAGCUUCCCUGUUGGUGCAGUGGUUGAGAGUCCACCUGCCGAUGCAGGGGACACGGGUUCGUGCCCCGGUCCGGGAAGAUCCCACAUGCCGCGGAGCGGCUGGGCCCGUGAGCCAUGGCCGCUGGGCCUGCGCGUCCGGAGCCUGUGCUCCGCAACGGGAGAGGCCACAAUGGUGAGAGGCCCGCGAACCGCAAAAAAAAAGGGAAAGUGAGAGCAGGAAAGAUAAAAUGGAGCCAAGAAUGAGGACUGUCACCAACAUGCUUGCAGUACGGGCUCUGCACUUUCUAGCGGUGGUGGCACAGGGGCCUCUAGGCUUCCUCACAGCGUGAAGGCAACAAUGAGUGAUGAGCCCAUAGUGACCCUGACAUUUUUCCUAAAAAGAGAACACAAACAAACAGCUGCUCAGGACAAGGCUAACCAUUCCAUGUGCUGAGAUCAGAGGAGUUUCUAGUGUACCUGUGAUGCCUUCAAUAGCAUCCACAAUAAUGUCCCUAGGAUGCACCAUGGUGGCUUCACAGGGCUGGUUAAUAUCAGGUCCUUAAGCAGAGGUGGACAACUGAUUUUUGACGAAUAUCUGAAGGCAAUUCAGCGGAGAAAGGGUAGUCUUUCAGCAAACGGUGCUGGAACAAUUGGAUAUUCACAUGCAAAAGAUGAACUUUGAGCCAUACCUCACAUCAUACAUAAAAAUUAAUUCAAAUGGACCAUAUUUUCAUUUUCAUAUUUAAUUUAAUAGCUGUACUGAGGCAUAAUAAAUAGUAAUAAAUAAUAAUAAAUUAUUGUUCAUAUUUAACGUGUACAGUUAAAUAACUUUGACACACAUACGUAUCCAGGAAGAACAGAAUUGCUGCUGAGGGAAGGCAGACUACAUCAUCGGUCAAGGUUCAGCUGCAGAGAACAGAAUACACCCUAACAGAAAAUUCCACUCUAGUUGAAGCAGAAAAAGACAUUUCAGAGUAUAAAAUGAUGUAACAAUAGAGGCUCUACCCUGAGCUUCUAGGAAAAACUCUCAGUCUCACGACCAAGUCAGAGUCAGCAAGCUGCCUCUGCUAAGCUAGGAAGCCACCCUGACUUCUGCAGGCCUCAGAGCUCUACCACUUCCUCCUCAUUAGUAAAGAGAUGCAUGUGCCCUGCCUCUCCUCAUAAAAUCAGUUCCAAAUUCAGGUCUUGCAACUGAUUGUCGAAACCUAACUGACAUCUGGAACUCUAGCUUCAAGAAAGUCUGGGCAAUGUAGUUUUUAGCUUUCCAGCCUCUGCAGUAUUAGAAGGCACUUUAUUUUAUUUUUAUUUAUUUAUUUUGGCUGUGUUGGGUCUUCGUUGCUGUGUGUGGGCUUCUCACUGCAGUGGCUUCUCUUGUUGCGGAGCAAGGGCUCAGUAGUUGUGGCACGUGAGCUCUAGAGCGCAGGCUCAGUAGUUGUGGCAUGCAGGCUUAGUUGCUCCGCAGCAUGUGGGAUCUUCCCAGAGCAGGGAUUGAACCCAUGUCCCCUGCAUUGGCAGGCAGAUUCUUAACCACUGCGCCACCAGGGAAGCCCUGGAAGGUACUUUAGAAGGAGCUUGGGGUAGAUGUAGAGCAAGCAAAUCCACAAUACCCAUCACGCUGUGGAAGGAGUUGGUUUGGGGGACAAAAUCAGGAGUUCAGUUUUGAACACGGUAACUUUAAGGUAUCUUUUAGAUAUAAUAGUAGAGGUGUAUAGUAGGCAGGGGAAUAAAAUGCUGCAGCAUAAUAUAGUGGUACAAGCACAGAUUCUGGGUCUUGGGUUGGGUCUGGGUCUUGAACCCAGUCUGCUGGUGUUCAUAUCAUACCUAUAUCAUUUAUUAGCUGUGUGACAUUGGAAAAGUUACUUAACAUCUCUGUGCCUCAAAUUUUAUCACCUAUAAAAUGGGAAUAGUAAGAGCAUUUGCCUAAGUAAGGUUGCUAUGAAGACUUAAAUGAGUUAAGUUUUGUAAAGUGUUUAAAACAAUACCUGUCACAAAAGAAGUGUGUUUGCUCUAGUAAUAAUUACUAUUGUCUUAAUUAAUAAUUAUUGUUUAAUUAAUAAUGCAGGUGGUCCUCCAUAUCAUGGAUUCUGGGAAAUAAUGAAUUUGUGCUAUUUUAAGCCACUAAAUUUUUUUGUUACAUAGAAACAGAUAACCAAUACAGUCGCCUAAGUAUGAAGUGAUAUUAAGGAAUUAUUAAGUUAGAACUGUUACAAUUUGGAGUUACAAAACAUGUUCUUUUUACCCUGGGGUGCUGCCUGCCUGCCUCUCCCAGAGAGCCUCAACCCCUGUGCUGGGCCCAGUGACGCUGCCUGGACAGUAUGUGCUGACCAAGGUGGCCCAGCCCGAUGCUACCCGCUCCUGUUCAUCCAGCCCCAGGUCCUGGUGGCUUCCACCCCUGCCUCUACCCUCUGACUGGGCUUUGCAUGUUCCGCUGACCCAGGGAGGUGGUGGGUGGAGGCGCCAGGCUUCAGCUGCCUUCUGGGGUAGAACACUUACCUGACCACGGUGGGUCAGCGGUACUCACCCCAGUGAAAGCAAUUCCAACUUUAAAAAAAAAAGGUGAUUUUUUAUUAGUGAUACAUACAGAAAUAUGCAGGAAGUGUCUGGGAUUUAUUUUAAAAUAAUGGUAAAGAAAGAAAUAGAUCAAAAUAUAUGAAGAAAACACGGUAAAAUGUUAGUAAUGACUAGAUCCAGGUGAUAGCUUUACAUGGAAUCAUUGUGCUAUUCUGCCCUUAGAUAUGUCUGAAAUUUUUCAUAUUAAAAUGUAAAUAUACAUACAUAUAGAUGGGUGUGUAGAGAGAGAGAAUUCUGUCUUAAAGCCCGUUUCUCCUCUUCCUCCUUUAUGUUGAUGUUUCCUAAUUGUCUCUUUCAUUUGUCUCACGAGGGUAUCCCCUUUGGGUGGACUGUAUUUCUAAAAGAUGUCCCUAUUAAAGCAUACUUUUAUAAUCUUCUCCUCUUAAAAGUUGGAUUAAGCCUGCAAACUCCAGCUCUGUGCGUCCUGGAGUCCAGUGUGAGCCCCCACAGGGGGACAGCCACCUCCUCUCAGCAGGUCUGGUUGAGCCCCUGGGGGCUGGAAUGCCCUUGAACAAUGGCCCUUAUUUGCUGCCUUUCAGGGGGCCUGGCGUGCUCUCCUGGUGCCAACCCCAGCUGUCUUUUUCACCAUUCUGAGCUCUCCUCCGGCACCUCGGCUGAGCCUUAAUUCUUUCUCAGAAACCCGAUUCCUUCGGCAGAAGCCAUGUGUCCGCUCAGGCCCCAUCUGACAGCUGUGGCCCCUGGCCUGGCCCUACAGACAUUCAGUGUUCCCUUUCACAGGCCGUGGCGUGUUCCUGCCAGAAAAGUCCACUUCCUUUACGAGUCUCUUUUCCAUGGUGUCGCUCUUUUGGCCUUGAGUGUCAUGCCAAUUCCUUGCACACUUGAUGAAAGGAUUUGGGGGCAGAAAACUUGAAUCAAUGGGGUCUUUUUAUUUUUGAACAUCAGUAAACAGCACAAAUCAGUUCAAUGAGUUCAGACUCAGUUAUUUCCAUGCUUGGUGCAGUCUCUACCCAGCAUUAAAUCCCACUGAAAAUGCCUCUUAUUAUCUCCAGCUAAUGAAGAAUGUUGCUCUUUUUUCGUGGUUUGAACACACUCCAAAACACUGGCCUGAAAGAUCAGUUUAACACUGGACAGCACUGAAUACAAAAGUCUUUAACUUUCCCUUUUCUACAGCUCACUGACAUUAUUCUAAUCGUUUUCUUUCCUCUUCAUUUAUUCUGCUCACUGACAGUAUUUUUUAUCUGUUUGGUAGUGUAAAAUGCAACCAUUUGUUUUUGAGACUAAUGAAGACAUGCCAGGAUCCUUUCCAUUGAUUCAGUUAUGAAUAAUAUAAUUAGAGAUUAAGAGGUCCAGUUAACCUGUUAAUUUGUCAUAGUUGUACCUCCAUCAAAACGGCCCCUUCUCACCUGUGUCAUUCCCAAUAUCCAAACCCAGGAAGAACACUUCACAGUAUAUUGUGGCACCAGCAAAGAAUAUGACCCUCAAUAUUUUUUACUUAAAAAUAAUUGGUGGUAUAUGAAAUUAUUGAGAAAUAAAACCACAGAACAAAUAUUCCUGAAAGAAGAUUUUAUGGCAAAAAAAUCUAUAUAUUGUCCCCUGUAAUACUGAAUGCCCCCAUAUUUUAAAAGGUUAAAUCUUUUAUAGUUAAACCACUAAUUCCACGAGCAUAAGUUAAGUGGUACCAGUGAUAUAGCUUCAUCAGGUACUGAUAACACCUAGUGAAACCCUCAGCCCAGCAAGAGGGUUCAGUGGCAGAUUCCAGAACCAGACUGCAGGGGUUCAAAUCUCAGUUCUAGUACUUACUGUGUGACCUUGGGCAAAUUGCUUCACCUCUCAGUGCCUUAGUCCCCUCAUCUGAAAAAUCAGAACAAUUAGAGUACCUAUUAUCUCCUCUCCUCACCUUGGUGGGUUGUUGUGAGGAUGUAAAACACUUAAAUUAUUGUCCAACAUGGGCUUCCCUGGUGGCGCAGUGGUUGAGAGUCCGCCUGCCAAUGCAGGGGACGCGGGUUCGUGCCCCAGUCCGGGAAGAUCCCACGUGCUGCAUAGCGGCUGGGCCCGUGAGCCAUGGCCACUGGGCCUGCGCGUCCGGAGCCUGUGCUCUGCAGCGGAAGAGGCCACAACAGUGAGAGGCCUGCGUACCGCAAAAAAAAAAAAAAAAAAAAUUAUUGUCCAACAUAUGGAAAACAAUCAUUGUCAUUGCCAUUGUUGUUAUCCUGGGUGGAUGACCAUUGACUCUCUCUGCUCUAGCCUCACAGCCCUGCCAGAAUGUUCUUCCUGCAGCACUGCUACCUUCUUUUCUCACACUAGCCCACACUUGACAAAACCUCUGGCAUUUUUUCAUUCAUCAAGUGAUCUGCCAUCCCCCUUGGGGGAAGUUUCAUUUCUGUGGCAGGAUAAAUCACCAGGUUUUCACUCAGAAGGCAGAAAUGAUCAGGAAACCCCAGGUCACAACAUGAAACAGAUCUGGUUUUUCAAGAUCCUCAUUAACUUAAAAAACUUUAAAAAAAAUGUUAACCUAGAUGGAAAGUUGAGUUAACUUUAUCCCUCUGUUUGAAGCACAUUCUCAUUAGUCUCCACAUAAGUCUGUUCCCUUGUUUUAUAUUUUACUUAUUCUCUUGUUCACUUUCCUCACUCCCAUCUUCCCCCACCCCAGCAUUCUAUGUUUAAGGUGACUCUCUGUUUCGGGCUUUGUGAAAAGGCGGUGUGGCAGUGGUGAAUGCACGUGUCUUUAAGUUAUACGUGUGUUGUGUGUGAUGUUCCCCCUACAGUCUUAAGGUCCACGCGGCUGUGAGGACUUCUAGGCUUCUCUUCUCCCUGCUGCCUAGUACCCCAGAGCACCCAUCCUUACAUCUGACUCUCCUGGUCCCCAGGUGACAGACACCCAAGUUGCUCCCAAACAUCCUCUACAACAAACCAGGGAAAAGAGAGGUUCUCGGAAGAUGGUCUUGGGAAAUCUUGCUACUACGUGGAUGAAGAUAAAAUUGGAUCCCCACCUACCACUACCUGCAGGGCUGAGUAGUUGUGACAGAGACUGUACAACUCCCAAAGCCUGAAGUAUUGACUCUCUGGCCCUUGACUGGAAAAGGUCUGCCACCUGGAUUGCAUGCCCCUUGAGGAUGGGAGUCGUAUCCAAUAGGUCUUUUAUUUCCCUGAUGUCUUAGCACAGGGCCUUGCAGGUAACCAGUGCUAUUUAUAACACAUAGGACUACUUUUGGCUUCAAGUAACAGAAUACCCUACCGAUAGGGUUUUUAAUUCUAACGUGACAAGGAAUCCAGAGAUAGGGCUGGCACUGAUUCAACAGCUCAAGGUCUCUUCCCCUGUCCCCUCAGGGUUGCAAGAGAAUAGAGAUAGCUCCUCAGAGAGUUUCUUCAAGUGACCAUGUUCAAAGACAGAAAACUGGCAGCAACAAGGGCAAAGAAAUGACCUGGUAUACCCUUCUCUUAUAGGAGAAGAAAAUAUUCCCUGAGACACCCACGUCCCAGCAGACUUCCCCCCUUGGUAUUAGCCAGAAGUGGAUCAUGUGCUCACUUAGGCCAGGGGCUGGAUCCCCCUUCCUUGAGAGCUAGAGAUCUCCACCCAAAACUCAAACGGCAUCAGAGAAUGAGGAAUAGGGCAUGGCUUUGGAGUAGGCAAAGAAUAGCGUCUGCCUAAGGAUUAACUAAUGAUGAGGCUGAUUUUUGAACUUGGAAAGGCAACCCAAAAAUUUGAGCUAUUUUUUUCUGAGUGGAACCAAGCAAUAGCUUGAUUCCAACCUUCCCUAUGAUUGAUAACUCAUUUUAAAAGAGAAUAAACUUUUCAAAUAGUUUCAGAUGGUUUUCAAACUGUAGAAGCACCAAAAUUGACUGAGUAGCUUUUACAAGUUCUGCAUGGUCUUUUCUAAUGAAAUUUAACGGUCCACAGUCAGACCCCUCAGCUGCACAGAGUCACAUGGUGGGAGGCCAUAAAUUGAAUAGCAUCGCACAGCCUGCCCUCUUAUAGUCAAAACUCUUCUAUGCAUAAUGGCUGGUCCAUCAGGAUCACGGGAGUGAUCUUUCACAAUGGUUAAACAAGCAAUCAAACAGGACGAUAGUAAUGGCUUCCAACCAAAGCAUGCUGCUGCGUGUAGGAAAGAAAGGCCAGGAUGUGAACACACAGGUUCCAGAGAGAUGUGAAGCCAAUGCCCAGCAUGUGAUCCGGGCCCCUGUGAUUCAGAGCCGCCGGCUCUGGCAGCCUGCCCCGACAGGUGGCCCCUUUGAUUCUCCCGACCCGUGUUUCACAUUCUGUUUAUGAACCUCUGCACACUCAGUUCAGCAGAUGAGCAAAUGAAGACAAAAUCAAACAAGGACAAGUAAUAGCAAGAAAAAUAAUAUAACUUUUUUUUUUUUUUUUUUUUUUUUUUUGCGGUACGCGGGCCUCUCACUGUUGUGGCCUCUCCCGUUGCGGAGCACAGGCUCCGGACGCGCAGGCUCAGCGGCCAUGGCUCACGGGCCCAGCUGCUCCGCGGCAUGUGGGAUCUUCCCAGACGGGGGCACAAAGCCGUGUCCCCUGCAUCGGCAGGCGGACUCUCAACCACUGCGCCACCAGGGAAGCCCUAAUAUAAUUUUUAAACCUAGAAAUCUCGAAAUGCCAGCUCUGUAAAGAGAGUGUUAUGAUGUGGUGGGUUUUACAUACUUUUAGAAGAUUUGGCCGCUCUUCUUCCUCAAUAUCAGUGUUUCCCAAAUUGUUUUCAGUCUAUGACUUUGUGGGAUCUGCCCCCACACCCUUGUCCUAUUCUGACAGUCCCACCUGCCUUUAAGACCCAGGCAUGAACAUAAUCCACACAGUCCUGCCCCACAAAAACUUGGGGGAAAUAGGUGCAGGGGUAGAAAUUACAAAUUUAUAUGUAGCGAGUAAAACACUUUGUUUCACAAAGGCAACUUCCUUGAUCACUUCAGUGCAUAGCCUUAACUUUGUAGAUCAAUGUUUCCUAAUGCCAGAAGAAGGUAAGGAAGUGGUCAAAAGAACAACAAAACAUAUUUAAAAUUUUAAACUUUAAAGCAUUGACUCCUGCCAUGAACCACAGUCUACCCAAACUUCUCCCAGAAAUUCAAAUAUGGCUAUGGAGUUGCUCUCUCUGCUUCAGUCAAACAUUACACUUUUUAUGACCUGUUGUCAAUAUUAUCGGCACCCCCAAUACACACACACACAUACACACACACACACUCAAAAAUUGUAAUAGAAUUUGCAUUCUGUGGUGAACGGGUGAAAAGAAAGGGAUCCAUGAGAAUUGGUGUCAGCUUCCAACUGUAUCCCCUUCUCCUGGGUCCCUGGGAGAAGCAGGGGGUGAGGGCUGUGAUGCUGGGCCCUAAACCCGACUCCACUCACAGGUCUCGGCUCUGGAACAGAGCGUGCAGCUGGGCACACUCUUCACUGAACUGCAGUUCUUUUGCAUUUCCGUAUUGAGAAAAACCCUGUUUCGUUUUCAAUCAUUUCAUGUAAAGGAUUAGUGAAUAGAUACCAUUUAGCUCUAAAACUACAUAAGCUUUAGAAUUCACAUGAUUCACAAAAGAAAGAUAAAUAAAUGUGCAAGAAAGUUUUUGUCCAAACCCACCAAAUUAAGAAAAUGCUGAAGAUAAAGAGAGCAAGAUGGAAUGUAGCCCCCUUAUAAAAACUGAUCUGCUGUAACGAGAGAGAUUGUGUUAUUAUGUGUGUGAGCUGGGGUUUGUUUCAUUAUAGUUAUGUAUGUCUUCAGUGAAAUCACAUUCUAAACAUUUCCAGAAUUUUCCCAUAUAUACUUAAAUCAGAAGCUUCCUGCUUUUUAUGUGAAGGAAACUUCUAUUUGUUUUAUAAAUUUCAUGUGAGAAUUGCAAUAGCCCUCUCUUAUUGGCAUAAGGCCUCCAAACCUCGAUCCAUAAGAAUUGUCCAGAGCCUACUCUAUGCCUUGCCCUGUGCUAAGUGUUUGUAUAUACUUACUUUUAAGUAAUAGUCUCUUCAAUUUAGUGACUAGAAAAGUGUUCAAAAGUUAUUAGAACAUGUGAUGCACUAAAAGGGAAGUAGUAUUACUUAUGCAGUACUCAAAAUGCAGAACCUGAAUGUAAGCAUGAGGAAGCAUGAGACAACCCUAAAAUGAGGGGCAUUCUGUAAAACACUCUUCAAAAAUAUUAAUGUCUUGAAAGAUAAAGUAGGCUGAGGGAAUGUUCCAGAUUCAAGAAGACUAAAGAGGGCUUCCUUGGUGGCGCAGUGGUUAAGAAUCCGCCUGCCAAUGCAGGGGACACGGGUUCGAGCCCUGGUCUGGGAAGAUCCCACAUGCCGCGGAGCAACUUAGCCCGUGCGCCACAACUACUGAGCCUGCGCUCUAGAGCCCACGAGCCACAACUACUGAGCCCGCGUGCCUAGAGCCCGUGCUUCGCAACAAGAGAAGCCACCGCAAUGAGAAGCAUGCGCACCGCAACGAAGACCCAAGACAGCCAAUAAAUAAAUAAA